UCGUCUUCGUCUUAGUCGCGGAUCCUUCGUUUUCGUUCCCUUUCGAAAAAAAAGACUUCGUUUACCAGUUUGAUAGCGCGGCGUGCCCUCUCCGGUGAGAGAAAAGCAAUCAAAACCGCGACGAAGGUCUGACACGAGCGAAGUGGGAGAUCCGUAUGCGAGCACGUAGAAGCGUGGACAGGUUACGAACGUGUAUUCGUCGUCGAAAGUGGGAGACAGAAAACAGGAGGAAGAGAAAAGAAAAAGGGGACGGAAGGAAGGAAAAAAGGAGGGAGUGAGAGGCAGUAGGCGGUAGAAUGAAGCAUCGUGGACACGAGGAGUAGGGCGACGGGCGAGCAGCAGCGAGGUAGACGGGCGGUCAGGUAGCGUUAACGUUAAAACGGCCACACGUUACGGGCGUAACGAAAAGAAACAGUCAGUCGAGUGCGACCGCGUGCACAGGAAGCUGUCGGAGAUUCGUAGACGUUUGGAUACUCGUACUCCUUCCUUUUCUCCCUCGGCACCUUUAUCAUUUCUCCUUUUGUCUGUUACUCGUUGUUUCGCCCCUUUUUUCCUUCGCCUCUCCCAUCCGUGCGAUACUACGGGCUCGUGACGACGGAGAGGAGGAAGAAGACGCGUGUCGCCGAUGAAGGAAACUGGCGACGAGCAGUCAUCAUUCUUAUUCGCGUUCGCACGCUUUUAACAGCGGCGAGUCUGUUCCGCGAUACGGCAACCGAACGAGGCACGGCCGAUCACCGUCGCCGGGAAGAUACACGGAAACUCCACGAGGAUAUAGGACGGACGUCGCUCGAUUCGCACCGAUCUCUUACACGAGCAACGUGUUUUCCCUCGUAUGGUCUGUCGGACAGGUGACAAGAAGAAAAACUGGGAUCGUGCAACGGGGAACGAGAGAUUUGUUCGAGCGUUGCUGAAGCCGGUAUAACCUCAGCGUCGCAAGACGCUGCCAAGACGAAGAGAGGAAAAUAGCCGGAAAAGGGGAACCGGAACAAGAGACAGACACAUUAAACGCAGAGGCCAAGCAAGAUGACGACUAUAGUAGCGCAUCUGGUCCACGGAUACAGGGACAUAAUGGAUAAUAGAUCAGAUCCCAGGGUGAAGGAUUGGGCGAUGAUGAGCAGUCCUUUCCCGACGAUGGCGAUAUGCCUGUCUUACGCUUAUUUCAGCAAGGUUAUGGGACCGAAGAUAAUGGAAAACAAAAAGCCUUUCAACCUUCGCCAAGUCCUGAUAGUGUACAACUUUAUACAAACGAUAUUCUCCACAUGGAUCUUCUACGAGUACUUGAUGAGUGGCUGGGCGAAAGGAUACAGUUUCCGGUGCCAACCGGUUGACUACUCGAACAGCCCUAUGGCGCUCAGAAUGGCGGCCACAUGUUGGUGGUACUACAUCAGCAAGUUCACCGAAUUCUUCGAUACCCUCUUUUUCAUCAUGAGGAAGAAGAACGAGCACGUGUCCACGCUUCACGUUGUCCACCAUGGAAUAAUGCCCUUCUCGGUCUGGAUGGGGCUGAAGUUCGCGCCAGGGGGCCAUAGCACUUUCUUCGCCCUCCUGAACGCUUUCGUUCACAUAGUAAUGUACUUCUAUUACAUGGUGGCUGCGAUGGGCCCGCAAUACCAGAAGUACAUCUGGUGGAAGAAGUACCUGACUACCUUCCAAAUGGUGCAAUUUGUCAUGAUCAUGACGCAUCAGUUCCAGCUGUUGUUCACGGAGUGCGAUUACCCGCGGACCUUCAUGGUCUGGAUCGGGCUGCACGGCGUGCUCUUCCUGGGUCUGUUCUCAGACUUUUACAAAGCAAAAUACGUGGACAGAUCGAAGAAAUCUAGCGCGAAGGGCACGUCGCAGAACGGCAUGACGGGGCUCUGCAUGCCCGUCCUCGAGGAUUCGACGCCGACGCCCCGUGUGAACGGCGUCUCGUCGUACGCGACGAUCUAUAACAAGGAGUACAACAGUUGUUACAGCAACGGUACCAAUAACGGUUACGUCGCCAACAACAACACGGAGAAGAAGCUCGCUUAGGACAAGCGCUUUUCUGGUUUUUGGGAAAACAGCUCGGGACAUGGAAUCACACGUUACCAUAUUUAAAUCCAUUUACACGGUUCGACUCUCGCCGACGCUCCGUCAAGAGAGCACACGGUGAGCCGUGUUACAAGAAACUCUCCGACGUGAAUGAAAGAAAAAUGAAAGAAACGAACGAGUCGCUCCCAAUUGCUGCACCUUGGGGGUGUUGUGCGUUCGAAUACACGAGAGUCGUCGACGAGAGGACUAACAAAAAAAAUCGCACACACGUUCGAUUUUCCCGCUAAACGCUUCGAAAACUGUAUUUUAUUUUGUUAAACUGUCCACCGAGCUGCCGACGCGAACGCGUCCAAUCGUCAUGGGGGUAAUAUGUGGAGGGGGUUAUUACACGUAAGAACUAUUAACGGUACGUAUCAUUCAUCGAGGAAAAAAAAAACUGAGAGCUCUUUCGCGCUUCUAUCUGUUGUUGGGCUCGCGUACUUGUCGAUCGAUCGCAAAACAGAUCCGCAACGGGCUUGCGGGAACGGUUGAGCAGACCGCUAGAGAGCUGCAACGACAUGGAAGAUGGGAGGAACGCGAGCGUAAAUACGAGAGCGAACACGGUAAUCAAGUUAAUAUUCGAGAAAGAUUAUUUCUUGGCCAUGGACAAGAUUAAAACGCGCACACGACUUAAUAACGAGCCGCAGGAUCCUCGUCGGAAUCGGACGGUGAUUCUGUUCCUCCCCCUUUUGGAGCACGCGCUACCACUAAACGACCGAUUAGCUAGUGUGUUCCCUUGUGCCGCGUUAAGUAUGCGUGAGCAAGAGUGUGAUCGUUUGUUAGAAGAGGUUGUAACGUGAUUUGUGAUGAGGCAUUUCUCUCGUUGGGACGCACCCGGAGAACGAUCCCCUUUCGACCAGAGCUGCGUGGAUACCUGGAAGCUUUGGUAACCACGAGAUAUUUAAGUCGAGAUUCUGGAAAUCUCUUGCCGCGCAUAGUAAGUCGCGGGGAUAUUUAUUGGGAAAUCACCGCUGGAGAUGGUUAAGUUUUGAUUUGUAUUUUCAACAGUACGUUCAACGAAUUUAUGAAAAUUCUAUCGUUUAUCAUAAAUCGAGAUUGGGUAACCCCGUGAAUCGAAAUUUUUUGACUGGAGCCUCGGAUAAGCGCGCAGCUCUGCCAUCAAUCGUAUUUCCUUAUCGUUGUCCGACUCUGUCUCUCUAUUGCCCCGAUUGUGUUCAAAGCUUUGGUGUUCGUCGUACGAAAUAAGCGUCUGUCGAUUCGCGCGAAGGAGAAGGCCGGUCUUAUCGGUUUCCUUCCUCUCGAAGCUUGGUUCCGCUACUACUGAUUUAUCGGCUCGGCACACAGCGUAAUGUAAUCGCGACAGCAACGACCCGAGAUGGUCAAAAUUAUCAUCCACGUGAAAAUUUCGAAUAACGAAUAACAGACAAGCGACUCUUUUAUCUGCUACUCGUCGAGCAAACAAUAGAUAAACAAAGACUUGAAUUUUUGCCCAUCUCCGGUGACAAAUUAGCUUUUUUACGGUCACGAGACGCCACGCAAUACAAUUUUGUUUCCUUGUCCGUGAAGUAUUCGCGAUUAACCGUACGUUCACCUCGUUAUGGAAUCAAGCUUCCGAAGAGCACACGAAAUUCUCUUCGACGAAGAUUAUUCUUGUUCGCCGUUUCGAGUCGGUCGAAAAUUAGUAAAAAGAAGUCGAACGCCAAUCGUUCGCGAUUAAUUCAUACGUGUACGUGUUGCUAAAACGCAUUAGAGGGAAAGAGAUUUAAAUGAAAGAAGAAAAAAAAAACGUAAGCGUUCACCCGUAGGAAAAUCGUAUAAGACCUUUCGUUGAGGUUUCGGACUUUUUGUACUCUUCCUAUUGAACGGGAAGAAUCGGAAGGAAUUUUUUUAUUUAUGACCGCAUCGAAAUAAAAUCUGAGGAAAAGAAAACACAAAAUUCGAUCCUAUGAAGAAAAAAAAAUGAAAAAAAAAAACAUUCGUCGUUGUAUAUUUUUAUUACAAGGGAAAAAUCGAUCGCGAAACAAACAUGACACGUUGACUGUUCGAUGAAUGGGUGUCGAAGACGUGCUUUCGUGGUGAAAGUAUUCGUAUAUAUGAAAAAAAAAAUUUAUUAUGCCAAGUUUUAAAUAACGUAUUAGAGAAAUAUUUGAUGAAAAACGAUUUAUAUAAUAAAAGACGAAAAAAAAAACCGAGAGAAAAUAACGUCGAUAAGACUGUUAAUAUAGUCGUAAAAAGAGAGCGUACGAGUGCAAAUAAUUAUUACGCCGAGAUCCUCGAGAGACAAACUCUCAUUUCCUUCUGAUACGCUAGCUUUUAACGUUGCAUUUCUUUUAUUUUUGCAUCGCCUGAAUGGACAAGGAUACGCCCGCGUCCUUGUCGCUUGUUCCAAAGUGUACAGGAAUUGAUCGUCGAGUUAACAAUUUAGCAAAUAAUUUUAUAUCUACGAAGCAAUGAAGUCUACGCUCAAAAUGUUGUUCCCUCAUCCCUUCCGUUAAUAGCGAAACCGCACAGAUAUGUAUAUUUCCAGUUACGAGUGAAGUCUAUCGUACAUUAGUGUGUGAUCAUCAAUCGGCUAAAAUCGCUGGUCCUUCUUUUUUCUAUUUUCUUUGUUACUUGUAAAACUUUAAGUGACUAUUCCCGCCCUGGACGCAUCGCUGUUCGAGUCGAUACGACGCACGGACGUUCCGUGAACGGUUCUUUUAGUGUGGUAGAACCUCCAUUCUCCAAUCGAUAGAAUUUUCCAAUAACGGAUAACAAAUCUUUUUAAACGUUUCUUGAUUGUGUUGGAGGUACAUUUUAUUUGAUUCUCAAGCCAUCCGAGCCCUUUUCUUCGAUGGCACCGAUGGUUCCACUGACCAUUCCAAGACACUUCCAACCUUUGGAUGACUCUGAGCUUUAUUCCUGCAGCCAACUAAUUCGUAAUGUAAAACUAAAAUGUUCUAGCAACCGAAAAAGAGAUAUUCCACGAGAAUGUGUUUGGAUAAUGGAGGUUCUAACGUGUACCAUUAGAACUCUGUUCCGCCGACGUGUUUAUAACGAUACCCUUAAGAUAGCAGACAAAGCAACUUCGCACCUGUUAAAGUCUCGCAAAAAAAAAAAAAAAAUUAAA